UGCCUUGACACUAGUCUAGGAGAAGUGAUUCCGUGACUGCGGCUACCGCAAUUUCACCAACAUGGAGGGCAUUUUGUAUGUUCUUGCUGAUUAAUUUUAGGAGCCGGUGGGAAAAUGGCAGAGAGGUUGGAGUGGGUGGAGAUCAUUGAACCCCGCACCAGGGAGCGCAUGUAUGCCAACCUACUGACAGGCGAGUGUGUGUGGGACCCCCCACAGGGAGUUUGCAUCAAGCGUACUGGUGAAAAUCAGUGGUGGGAACUAUUUGACCCCAACACUUCUCGCUUCUACUACUACAAUGCCUCCACCCAGCGAACAGUGUGGCACAGGCCUCAAGGAUGUGACAUCAUCCCAUUAGCCAAGCUUCAGACCCUGAAGCAGCACACAGAUGCCAUUAAUCCCCGCUCUACUGCUGGAGGAGAAGGGAGAGGAUCUGCGGACAACAGCCCAGGACGUAACAGUGGGGUCAGCCGAGAAGGAAGCACUUCCUCCUCCCUGGACCAAGAGCUUUGUGAAAAGCAGAGCAGCCAAGAUGAGGUAGAGAGGACUUCUUCUUUCCGCUGGAAUACUGGUACAAAGGAGCGGAUGCUCAUCAAGGUGACAGACAGGGAGCCCAGCUUUUUGGCUCAUCAAGGAAAUGGCUACUCACUCUGUGAAUCCCCAACCCCUGGAGGAGGCAACACCUUGCGAAACCGCCAUUCAUCUGGCGGAAACCCCCCCUCAGAACCAAAUGGUUCACCUGUUCUCUACUCUGACCGUCGUCAGUCUCCAUAUCUGAAGCGGGCUGAGCUAGGCAGCAGUGGAACCCACCGCCGCCCCUCCACCGAGUCCCAGCCUCCAUCACCCCGCUACGCCUUUGAGCCCCCCCUGUAUGAGGAACCUCCAUCUGAUUUUAAGCCACCACCCAUCUAUGAAGAGCCACCUAUUGACAUGAACCUCUCAGACUCAUCUUCCCUUUAUGGUACAAACAAAUCACCAUCCCGGAAGUCUCCAGCUCCCUUCUACCACUCCCCCAAGCAGAGCCAGUCAUCCUAUGGUCAACUGGUUCUGACUAGGCAAAAAUGUCCAGAAAAAGCUCAGAGCCUGGAGUACAGUCCUGUAGGAAAGGAAUACGUCAAGCAGCUGGUGUACGUGGAACAGUCAUGUUCCAGUCCACGCUUCAAGACUGCUGACCGUCUACAGCGUUAUGGUACUAAUGGAGGCUUUGGUGGAUCAUUUGGAGGGUCCUAUACUCUGCAGCAUAGCCAGUCUCUGAUUAGAGAUCCCCGCCAACUUUUGGACUUUCGUGGAGAGGGAGGAGAAGGAUCUCAAAGGUUUAUUUUUGAAGACUCCAUUUCCUGGACAUCUAGUCAGACUCACUCACUGUCCUCCUCCUCUACAGCUGGGCCAGGUGGUUUCUCCCCCAGUGGCAAUCGUAAACGCAAGAAUCGCAAGCCAUCCCUCCCCCAGGAGCUGGGAUGCUGCGGGAAAGAGGAACUCCCAGGCACAGGAUCAGAGGUCAUGCUGGCCCAGGCCAGGCUAGCAUGGGAAGCCCAGCAGGUCAUGAAACAGAGGAGCAGUUGGGACUCUGGUCAGGGAGGAGGAGUAACCCAAUGCAGCAGCUCCAAAGACGGAUAUGAAAGUGAUGGGGCAGUGCCUCUGCCACUACCAGGACCUGUGGUAAGGGCGUUCAGUGAGGAUGAGGCACUAGCCCAGGGUGAUGGCCACCACUGGAAACGCAGUACCUUUGACCGUUUGGGGUUCCCUCAGGCACUGCUGGAGAAGAGCCUCUCUGUCCAGACCAACCUGGCUUCCCCUGAGCCAUACCUGCACCCUUCCCAGUCGGAGGAUCUUGGAGCCUGUGCCCAGUUUGAAGCCAGUCGAAAUGCCAGGAAUAUGAUGCCAAGUGCAAGUUGUGGCAUAUUCACAGAAUUUAGCUUGAGAAAGCCCUCCUCAGAGACUGACAUUGAAAACUGGGCAUCCAAGCAUUUCAACAAACAUACACAGGGUUUGUUUCGGAGAAAGGUUUCCAUUGCCAACAUGCUAGCUUGGAGCAGUGAGCCCAUAAAGAAGCCAAUGAUUGUGACUACAGACAGAGGCGUAAAGAAGGAGGCUGUGGACAUCUUUAAGCUCAUACAGACCUUCAUGGGAGACCGUCGCUCCAAAGCGGACCCUCUUUCACUGGCUCUGGAGGUGGUGGUGCGGGGGUGGAGUAACCAGGGUCUCCGUGAUGAGCUCUACAUCCAGUUGUGCCGUCAAACUACAGAGAACUUCCGGUAUGAUAGCCUGGAGCGUGGCUGGGAGUUGAUGGCCAUCUGCCUAGCUUUCUUUCCUCCCACCCCCCGUUUCCACACCUACCUGGAGGGUUAUAUCUACAGGCACAUGGACCCACUUAAUGACACUAAAGGAGUUGCCAUUAGCAGCUACGCCAAAUACUGCUACAGGAAACUGAUGAAAGCUGCUUUGACUGGAGCCAAAAAGGGGCUCCAGAAGCCCUCUCUUGAGGAAAUCCAGCACGCCAGGAAUGCCAUAUUUAGUCCAUCCAUGUUUGGCUCUUCAUUAGAGGAAGUAAUGGUGCUUCAGAAGGAGCGAUAUCCAGACCGCCAGCUGCCCUGGGUCCAGGCCCGUCUCUCUGAAGAGGUUCUGGGUCUCAAUGGAGACCAAACAGAGGGCAUUUUCAGAGUUCCAGGGGACAUAGAUGAAGUUAAUGCUCUAAAGCUGCAAGUUGAUCAAUGGAAAAUUCCCACAGGACUGGAAGAUCCACACAUCCCAGCUUCUCUGUUGAAACUCUGGUACCGGGAACUGGAAGAGCCGCUGAUCCCUCACGAGUUCUACGAGGAGUGCAUUAGUAGCUAUGACAACCCAGAGGCUGCUGUCAAUGUGGUUUUGGGCCUGCCACACAUCAACAAGCUGGUACUCUGCUACCUCAUUCGCUUCCUACAGGUUUUUGCUCAACCUGCCAAUGUAGCCAUUACCAAGAUGGAUGUGAACAACCUGGCCAUGGUCAUGGCUCCUAACUGUCUACGUUGCCAGUCAGAUGAUCCCAGGGUGAUCUUUGAGAACACCCGUAAGGAAAUGUCCUUCAUUCGGGUGCUCAUCCAGCGACUAGACACCAGCUUCAUGGAUGGGAUCUUAUAGCGCCCCCUACAGCUGUUCAGUGACCUACAGCCUCUCCUGUGCUCCCUUUAACCUGCUCCCUGCACACUCCCGCAGCACAUGGACACCAUACAUUCAAAUCGUUGCUGCUGGUGAAUACUUGGCAAGUUCAUGUUUACUUUUGACGACAAAAACUGCCUUGAUUUGAGUUUGGCUGCUUUACAUUUUGAGUUGUAUCAGCUGUUUCAAUUUCUGUGGAUUUGGUCCAGCUGUAAUAUUGCAUAUAAACCAACAAUGUUUGGUUGGGGUUUGCUGAACCUAACAGUACUGUGUGUGCCUUCACAUCCAUUAUUACACUAUAAACAUUCAGCUUGAAGAUUUCUGCAGGGAUCUCAUCAUUACAUGGAUUUCUCUUCCAGAUCUGCAGACCUCUGGUUAAUUGUAAGUUUUGUAUGAAGUUAUUUUCACUUUCUGUUGCCUGGCUUAAGUAGACAUUCACUGUCAAUUGCACACUUCCAUACAAGUUUUACAAGUCUGCAGUAAUGCCAUCUCAUUAGAGGAGUGUUCUUCAGUAAAGUUAAAGAACUAGUGCAUGUUUAUCAGACAUUCCACUAAUGUCUCACACUUCACGGGAGAAACAGCUUUAUCGACAUGGUUUGGCUCUAUCUGUUUGUUAUCGUUAUGACUCCCACUAAACUUAUUAGGAGCUAAGAACUCUGUAAUGGAAUACAUUUCUUCAUUUGUCCAUUUGUGAUCUUGCCUGAAGAUGAACAGAAAAUCAGGUAAAACCAUGGUUUCAUAGUCACAGAGGAGCAUCAUGCUGAAGAAGAUGGAGCCCUGUUUUGAUUACAGGGCGAUGAAGUUUACUCUCCUCUGGGUUUGGAGAAUUUUCAUAAUGAUCCAAGGUUUAUGAAGACAGGCUCUCCUCACCCUGCAGUUUUGCUGUUUAGGGGCAGCUUAAAGACCUGAGUGCAAUUCCUUUAAAUAGCAUGAAGUGAUUCAAAAGCUUGAUUCCAGCAGGUAUGGAUGCUCUACACUCACAGGCCACUUUAUUAGGUACACCUGUCCAACUGCUCAUUAAAGCAAUUGUCAUAUCAACCAAUCACACAUUAGCAACUCAAUGCAUUUAGGCAUGUAGACAUGUUCAACAUGCAGAUCGUUAAGUCACUUAAUGUUCAAAGCCAUGAUAAGUGACUUUGAACGUGACAUGGUUGUUGGUGCCAGACAGGCUGCUCUGAGUAUGUCAGAAACCGCUGAUCUACUGGGAUUUUUACGCACAAACAUUUCUAGGGUUUAUAGAGAAUGGACCGAAAAAGAGAAAAUAUCCAGUGAGCGGCAGUUCUGUGGGCCAAAUGCCUUGUUGAUGCCAGAGGUCAGAGGACAACAUGCCAAACCUUGAGGCAGAUGGGCUACAGCAGCAGAAGACCACACCAGGUGCCACUCCGUUCAGCUAAGAACAGGAAACUGAGGCUACAAUUGGACACUAAUUUUGUCUGUUGUCCAAUUUUGUCCACCAAAAUUGGACAAUAGAAGAUUGGAAAAACAUUGUCUGGUCUGAUAUAUGGUAGGGUCAGAAUUUGGUGUCAACAAGAUGAAAGCAUGGAUCUGUCCUGAAUGUAUCAACGGUUCAGGCUGGUGGUGGUGGUGCAAUGGUCCUGGCACACUUUGGGCCUACUAGUACCAUCUUCUGAUGGCUACUUCCAGCGCCAUGUCAUAAAGCGUGAAUCGUCUCAGACUGGUUUCUCGAACACGACAGAGUUCACUGAACUCAAAUGGCCUCCAUAGUCACCAGAUCUCAAUCCAACAGAGAACCUUUGGGAUGUGAUGGAAUGGGAGAUUCGCAUCAUGGAUGUGCAGCUGACAAAUCUGCAGCAACUGUGUGAUGCUAUCAUGUCAACAUGGACCAGACUCUCUGAGGAAUGUUUCCAGUACCUUGUUGAAUCUAUGCCAUGACGGAUUAAGGCAGUUCUGGAGGGAAAGGGAGAUCAAACCCGGUACUAGCAAAGUGUACCUAAUAAAGUGGCCAGUGAGUGUAUAAUGAUGUCUUUGAUCUGUAACAUUUGCACAGCAUCGGAUUUGCCAUGAGUUUAAUUUCCAGAGUUUUUAAAAAAAUAAUAUUUGAAUUGCUCCUCUCCCCAGACCAAGCCGCUGGUUGUGACUGAUUAAUUGGCCAUGUGGUCUGACCAGCAGGACCAAGCAAAGAGCUCUGAUCUGCCUAUAGCUGAGCAGCUUCUAGUUUUGUCCUCCUGAUUCAGUUAAUCGUUGUUGUUACUAAGCAGACCAGGAAAUUAUGUCCUCAAAUUUAGCAGAGCUAUCAUCAUCGGUGAGACCUGCUGGAGCAAAAGCAGAAUGUGUGGUGCCCUGGGUUUUUCUGCACGUUUUAUAAUAGACGGACAACGUUUGAAUGGACUGUGUCUGUGGUUUCCCCCAAAACUGACCACUGAAGUCUUUCAUUUCAUCUGUGUGGUGCUGAUCAAGUGCUAAUGGCUUUCACUUUGACUCCAUAACACAUAGUUGUAGGAUGCAAGUUGCUCUCACAGUCUUGUGUUCUACAGUGUUGGGUUAUCAGAAUGAAAUCUUCACAUCUAUUGACUCUGCCAAAAUGGACUUUGACCAUCGAUCAGCUCCCCAGAAGCUGUGAACUACAGAUCCAGGGAGGAUCAAUGAUAUCACUGCCAGUAAACCCCUCCUUGAAUGCUAUUGGCUACUUUGGGACUUCACAGCUGCUUUAGCAGGAACUGAGACAACAGAGCCACUCAGCCCAGACAGGCCUUUCAGCUCACUAGUGAUUAAUCAGUGUGUGCAUGUGUUCAUUUGUCUUUGCUUAGAAGACAUCUUAUACAUCCAUUCAGUCUUUGAGUAAACAAUGGUGUAUUUGUUUGAAAUAUUUUCUAUGUUUAACAGAGUUUGUUUUUAACUGAUUCUUUUAUAAAUAAUUUAUUUAUAUUUAUUUCAGAUUUUUCUAAUGCCUUUGACAUGCUGUAUUGUAGACUUACUGUAAGUGUGUAUGUUGGGUAUUGGGUGUGCGUGUGUGUGUGUAGGUCUGUGUAAUUCUCAACAUGCAGGAUGCAUACACAUUGCCGUUGUUGGCCGACUAUGAGCAAACACACAGUCGACUGAUCAUUAAGUCAUCAUUAAGCCGAUGAUUUAAUGAUCAGGCAUAUGAUGAAACAGUCAAGCUAUUUAUCCCUUCAAACAUUUACUUAAAGUGAGUCCCUGAAGACAAAAACAGUGUGCAUUGUACUAGCCCAAGUAGUUUCUCAAUUAUAAAAAUCCAGUUGUCUGUAAUUUGCUAUGUAUAAUCUUCCUUAUAUCAAGUUAACACUAAACUUGAUGUAAAAAAAUUUAAAACUGGCUACAUGCCGUUCAACAAUUCUCAUUGCAUAAAUUACUGCACUAAAUUUCUUAUUGAAGGAGAGAAUUUUAACGGCUACCUGAAAUGAAAGGCCAGAUGGUUGCAGCCAUAUUCACCCCUUAAGAUUAUUACUUCUGUUAUCAGCUUUGUGUGUUUGGCACACAGCUUACUCAUUCAGAUACAGACUUUAUAUGUGACUCCAUAGUGUGUAGGCUGUAACAAUGGGUAGACACAGGGGCACUAUCUCUGCUAAAUGCUCUUCACAUUGAUUGAGGACUAAAGACCCAAUCUAAAUCCAUGCCAUGUCAGCCGUCCAGUAGUAUGUAGAUAUCCACACUAAACAGUUUUGGAUAAAACCUUCCUUUGGGUUUGUGCUGUGGACAUUUCAGAUGCUGUCUGUAAUGUCAAUGACACCCACAUGACCAGAGGUGUGACUGUAAUGCUGACUGACUUCUUCAAACAAGAUGAUCAGCUUGAUUUAUGUUUGGCCCAUCAGGCUCCAAUGUAAUUUGUUAUAUUGCUAAACAAUUCUGGGAUAUUUUUGUUGGUUUGGUAAGCCUGUUUUCUGUCUAUGAAGACAUUUUGCCUGUGGGAGCUUCAGAGAUGGCUGAGCUGUUGUGAUGUGGCAGUGUGAAUGUUUGGUGUUUGUGUUUUUUUAAUGCAGCAGAUGGUCUGGUUGUAGACUAAACAACCAAUUAGCAUGUUCAUAGGGUCACCCUUGUCCUAAGCUGAAAUUUAUUACAAUGUGACAAAGAAAACAAGGUAAAAUCAUAAUUGAAGCGAUAGCUUUAAACACACGUAACCCCCCCCCCCC